ACUGCGAAACCAGGAGGAAGCCAGCCCCGUGCCUGGAGGGGAUCCGCCAUCUCAGAUCUCUCGGCCUUGCCAGGGCCCACCAGAGAAGACUGACGCUCUGGUCCGGCCAUACCUAUGGGGGACCAACCUUGUGCCUCCGGGAGAUCCACGCUCCCACCAGGAAAUACGCGGGAACCCAAGCCUCCAAAAAAGCGCUGUCUCCUGGCUCCACGGUGGGAUUAUCCAGAAGGGACUCCCAGUGGAGGUAGUACCACUCUCCCCUCGGCGCCUCCUCCUGCAUCUACUGGACUGAAGUCUCACCCUCCUCCGCCGGAGAAGUAGUGAAAUAGCUUUUUUCGCAGCCUAAAUCAGUCUUUGAAAGAUUGCAGUAUGACUCCAUUUCCUUGGUGCAUUUGUAAAAUAGUUCACCCAUUGAAGACCA